AUGGCGAUUUUGUCUGCACCCGCUGAUGAAUACUCGCCAGCUCAAAUCAUGUGGGCGUCUACAACCCACAUCGGAUGUGCUCGGACAUUUGGUAUCGCGCAGCCCUACAAGGUGUUCGACGUCUGCAGAUUCUACCCAGAGGGGAACAUUCUUGGACAGAAGCCUUUUUAG